AGAGGAAGAGGAGGCAUUAGGUUACAUUAGGGGACGGUCCACACCCUACAUCUGAGCAGCACAGACAGAGGGGGAAGGAAUCUGGAGUCCGAGGGGAAUAGAGAGACAGCCACUUCCUCGGCUCCUUACAGCUGUGCACCCCAUACAUUCACCCAAGGGCUGCAAUCUGCGCCUCCCCCACCCCUGCCUCCAUCUGCCGCCUGCCUGGAACGCCAGCCAUGUCUGCACAAGUCACCAGGAGCUCCCUGAGUGCCAACAAGGACUUCCUGCGAAGUUUCCCGGGAGUGCUGCGGGUGCUGCAGCUGGUGAGCGGGGCCGCCCUGUGGAUCACCAUCGCCUCCAACACCUACAGCGGCGCCGUCCACUUCGCCCUCUUCGUGGCCGUCUUCUUCUGGCUGCUGACCCUGAUCCUCUACUUCCUCACCCUGCUGGACAAGCAGGAGCUGGUGCCGGUGCUGGGGGGCGACCGCUGGCUGCUCACCAACCUGGUGUACGAUGCCCUGGCCGCGGCGCUGCACAUAGCGGCCACCGUCAUCAUGGGCAUCAGGACGGAGGAACUGUCCUUCUGCAACCUGGACACCUACCGGCUGCCCUGCCUCUUCAAGACCUACAUGGUGGCCUCUAUAUUCGCAGCCCUGUGCUGUCUCUUCUACCUCCUCACCGCCGUAUGCUUCUCAUACAAGAGAUGCAAAGGGAAAAGCAGUGUUAUCUAAAUACAAUGGGAAAAGCAGAGUUGUCUAGAUGCAAUGGGGAAAGCAGAGUUGUCUAGAUGCAAUGGGAAAAGCAGUGUUAUCUAGAUGCAAUGGGAAAAGCAGUGUUAUCUAGAUGCAAUGGGAAAAUCACAGUUGUCUAGAUGCAGUGGGGUUAGCAGUGUUAUCUAGAUGCAAUGGGACAAGCAGUGUUAUCUAAAUGCAAUGGGAAAAGCAGUGUUAUCUAGACUUCCUCUGAUCUUGCCAUAUUCUGCUCAUACAACAGAUGCAAUGGGACAAGCAGUGUUAUCUAGACUUCCACUGAUCUUACCAUAUGCUGCUCAUACAAGAGAUGCAAUGGGACAUGCAGUGUUACCCAGACUUCCUCUGUUGAUCUGGGCCCUAAUUGGUGACAGUACCCACAUAAUCGUGACUUCUUUUAUCUUGGUUCUAAGCAGAGCUGCCAGAGCAACCUGUUACAGAUGUGCCAGAACAAAUGGUUGUGAUUUAUUUUAGAUACAAAGAGGAGAGGUUCCUCCACCCCCUUUCAACACGUAUCAUUUGCAAGAUGUAACAUUUGCAAGUUUGUUUUGUAAUUCCCACGUAAACUUUUAGUUCAGAUGUAUAAACUGCCAAUAAUACUGUUACAUUUUGUUUUUAAAGAAAAAAAAAACCCCAAACAUUUCUUAUUUAAAAAAUAAAAAUCGGUUUGUUUUUUUUAA